GUGAUUUCCAUUUCGACGUAGGUUUUAUAUUCACUUAUAAAUCUCAAUAAAAAUUAGUACAUAGUUUGAAAAAAAAAUUAAAACAUAGAUAUAUUUAAUAAAUAUUAAAACAAGGGGUAGCUGUAGUAUUCUAAUAUACACGCGGAUAUAUUUGUGAUGGAAAGUGCAUUUAAGGACAUCAGGUCGUGUUCAUUGGCUCAAUGUGACAAGAUACGAAUUGAUGUCUACAGUCAGGAAGCUACCCGAACGUUAAUGCCGUAGAAUAAAGUGGAUAAAACAUUUGAAAAUCCCAGUCUAACAACGAAAUAAUUUCUUUAGGAGUUUGGUCAACACCCAGAUUCACUGUUGACAUGUUAGAAGCGAUUAACAGACAACAUUGGCAUACAGGAUUUAUUUUAAAUUGGAUACACCUUCAAUAUCUAAUCUUUUAAAGUCUAAGGGAAAAUGCUAUGUAUGACAGAUAUAACCCUAUUGCUAUUAAUUGAUGGUGGAAUUACUGUGAAAUAUUUUCUUUAAUAGCAACUGUCUGAUGCUUUUUCCUUUUAAUGAAACUUGAUUAAAUUUUUGAAGGUGUUUACAGCACCUCUUAGAUGUCAAUGAAGAUUACAGUUCAUAACAAUAGACUGGGUAUUUAUAUUCUUUGAAGAGCUGUUCAAAAUGUCAGAAAAUACACCAUACCUCUGUGAAAUCUGUGGCAAAACUUUCCCUGAAAUGAUUCUGUUACAUAGACACAUGUGUAUUCAUACAGGUGAGAAAUUUCACUGCGGUAUCUGUGGUAAAUCAUUCUCUGCCAAUAGUGACUUAACUAAACACCUUCGUAUACAUACAGGAGAGAAACCAUUUCACUGUGAUGUCUGUGGUAAAUCAUUUUCUUUAAAUAGUUCCUUAACUAGACACAAACGUCUUCAUACCGGAGAAAAACCAUAUCAUUGUGAUAUCUGUGAUGAAUCAUUCUCCGAGAGCGCUAAACUGAGUAGGCAUAGACGUAUUCAUACAGGAGAGAGAUUUCACUGUGACAUCUGUAGUAAAUCAUUUUCUGAGAGCACUAAACUAAAUAGACAUAAACGUAUUCAUACAGGAGAGAAGCCAUAUCACUGUAAUUUCUGUGGUAAAUCAUUCUCUUAUAACAAUGUUUUAACUAACCAUAAACGUAUUCAUACGCUGGAGAGACCGUAUCACUGCCAUUUUUGUGAUAAAUCAUUCUUGCGAAAUAGUGACUUCACUAAACAUGUCCGUAUGCAUACAGGUGAGAAACCGUUUCAGUGUGAUACUUGUGGUAAAUCAUUCUCUGCGAGUAGUGACUUAACUAAACACAGACGUAUGCAUACAGGAGAAAAACCGUUUCACUGUGAUCGAUUUCAUUGUCAUAUCUGUGAUAAAUCAUUCUCUACAAGUAGUGGCUUAACUAAACAUGUUCGUAUGCAUACAGGAGAGAAACCAUAUCAGUGUGAUGUCUGUAGUAAAGCAUUUUCUGCCAGUAGCUCCUUAGCUAGACACAAACGUCUUCAUACAGGAGAAAAACCAAAUCCGUGCGAUAUCUGUGAUAAAUCGUUCUCUGACAGCACAAAACUGAGUAGACACAAACGUAUUCAUACUGGAGAAAAACCAUAUCACUGUGAUUCCUGUGGUAAAUCAUUCACAGGAAGUAAUGACUUAUGGAAGCACAUACGUAUUCAUACAGGAGAGAAACCAUAUACGUGUGAUACCUGUGGCAAAUCUUUCUGCCAUUCCAAUGAUUUGACUAGCCACAAACGUAUUCAUACAGGCGAGAAACCAUACAAGUGUGAUAUCUGUGAUAAAUCUUUCUCUCAUUCCACUGAUUUAACCACCCACAAGCGUAUUCAUACGGGUGAGAAACCGUUUCACUGUCACAUCUGCAGUAAAUCAUUCACUGGACGUAGUGCCUUAACUAAACACCUACGUAUGCAUUCAGGAGAGAAACCAUUUAACUGUGAUGUCUGUGGUAAAUCAUUCUCUGAAAAACCUAGAUUAAUUAGACACAAACAUAUUCACACAGGAGAGAAGCCCUAUCACUGUAAUUUAUGUGGUAAAGCAUUCUCUUACAAUGAUCUUUUAACUAACCAUAAACGUAUUCAUACGCUGGAGAAACCGCAUCACUGCCGCAUUUGCGGUAAGUCAUUCUUACGAAAUGGUGACUUAACUAAACAUGUCCGUAUGCAUACAGGUGAGAAACCUUUUCCUUGUGAUACAUGUGGCAAAUCAUUCUCUGCAAGUAGUGACUUGGCUAAGCAUAAACGUAUUCAUACUGGAGAAAAACCAUUCUGCUGUGAUGUUUGUGGCAGAUCAUUCUCCAGAGCUAGCAUCCUAUCUAAACAUAUACGUGUUCAUACAGGAGAGAAACCAUAUCAGUGUGAUAUCUGUGCUAAAUCGUUCACUCAUAAAAGUGUUUUAACUGUCCACCAACGCGUUCAUAGCGGGGAGAAACCGUUUCGUUGUCAUAUCUGUGGUAAAUCGUUCUCUGGAAGUAGUGACUUAACAAAACACAAUCGUAUUCAUACAGGGGAGAAGCCAUAUCUGUGUGAUAUCUGUGGUAAAUCUUUUGCUGAAAAACGCAACUUAACUGCACAUUUAUCUAUCCAUACAAAAACGUAACUGUCUCUUAGAAUUGGUUACUGCUCACAACAACAAUCAACAUUUUACAACCAUUUUCAUUGUUAAAUCCUGGAUUAGCCACAUGAACUAAACAGUAAUCAAUGAACCAGACCAGUGACAUACUACAUACUCACCAUGAUUCCCUUUUUGAGGUAUUGUUUUGCAGCCAGAUGUCAUCCUUUUUAGUAAUCUCUUAUAUGAGAUAUAUGUAGUUUAUCUGGACUCAUGCUCUUUGUUAAAAUUCAUAUUAAAAAGAAUAACUUGUAUAACCAUAAAUGUAUUCAAACUGCACUGAAGAUAUAAAAUUGUGAAAGCAAGCUGUAGUGACUAUAUUUUUUUAUCAUCACAAUUACAUCUACAUUGCUGAGAUAACAUCAUCAUCAUCGUUUAGCAUCCAGUUUCCAUGCUAGCAUGGGUUGGACGGUUCAACUGGAGUCUGGGAAGCCAGAAGGCUGCACCAGGCCAAGUCUGAUCUGGCAAUGUUUCUACGG